GGUGCGGUUCGACUUGGCCAGCUUUGGUAGGCCGGUCUCCCGCCACCUCGGAUCGGAGUCAAAGAAAAAGCCCGCCCUCAUUUCCGGCUUAUUAGGGUUUCAAAUCACCCCCCUCGACGGCCUCUCUCUCACUCUCCGGGAAGCUAAGAAGGGCUUAUUCCUCCUCUCCCUUCGCUUCCCUUGAUAGGGUUUCCGACGACGAAGCCCUAGACGAAGGAAGCGAUGGUCUCUCCGCGCGAGCUCCUGUCAACGAUCGAGGCGGCCCUCCUCGGCCCCUCUCCUCCCACCCCUACCCAGCGGAUUGAGCUCAUGCACGCCAUUCGUUCUUCCAUCCCGGCCCUUAAGUCCUUUCUUUCCUAUCCCGGUCCCAGUGCAUCCGAUAGGGCCCAGGUCGAGUCCAAAGAAGUCAGGCUUAAGGAUUUGCCUCCAAUAUUGCUUGAUGACACCGACGUUCAGAUCGCACUGAAAUUGAGUGAUGACCUUAAUCUCAACGAGAUCGAAUGUGUUCGUUUGCUUGUCUCAGCAAAUAAAGAGUGGGUUCUAUUUGGACGGGAACCAUUGGAGAUGUUCCGUCUUGCUGCAUGCCUCUGGUACAUGGAGAGAAGGGAUCUUAUAACCUCUUUGUACACUGUUUUUCGGGCUGUUGUACUUGACCAAGGGCUUGAUGCUGAUCUUGUAGCUGUUAUCCAGAAGCAUCUGGAAGAUAUAUUGAAUUCUGGGCUCAGGCAACGACUAAUUAUGCUUAUAAAGGAACUAAAUCGUGAGGAAGCAGCUGGUUUUGGUGGUCCUAAUGCUGAACGAUAUGUCCUUGACUUCAGAGGUGCCAUCGUUGAACGACAAGCAGUUGUUUCUCGGGAAAGAUUGAGUCUGAGCCACUGCCUUGUGCUAUCAGCACUCGUUGUGCGAAUGACUCCGAAGGAUGUAAAAGAUGUGUUUGUGACUCUAAAAGAUUGUGCUGCUGACGCUAAUAGCCGUAGCACCAUACAUCUUCAGAUUGCAUUCAGUCUUCUGUUUACUCUUGUUAUUACCUUUAUCUCUGAUGCUCUUAGCACUGUUCCUGACAAGCCCUCGGUGUUGUCUAAUGACCCAUCAUUUAAACAUGAAUUUCAUGAUCUGGUGAUGGCUACUGUUAAUGAUCCAAACGUCGAUGGUUUCAUAGAUGGUGUUAGAUUUGCUUGGGCUGUACAUCUGAUGAUAGAACAAGAGCGAAGUACUUCAAGAGAGGUGUCAGGUGCUUUGUCCAGGGAUUUGGCUAGCACAUACUUGUGCUUGGAACAUGUUUGCUCGCACAAUGUGUUCAAAUUUUUUCUUUCAGGAGUUCUUCAAACUGCUGCCUAUCAGAAUGAUGACGAGGAUAUGGUCUAUAUGUACAAUGGCUAUUUGCAUAAGAUGAUGAUGUGCUUUCUCUCUCAUCCACUUUCUCGAGACAAGGUGAAAGAAAUGAAGGAGAAAGCUAUGAGUGCCCUUAGUCCAUAUGUGUCAUCUGAACUGGGUGACAACAUAGGUGACUCUUUUGAUAACAAGCAAGUUGCUCGGAUGAGUUGUCAGCCAUUUGUAUCUCUAUUAUAUUUGGUUAGUGAAAUUUAUCAGAAAGAACCAGAAUUGUUAUAUGGGAAUGAAGAGCUGUGGACAUUUAUACACUUUGCUGGAGAGGAUCAUACUAAUAUAGACACUCUUGUGGCCUUUUUGACACUGCUCAGUACUUUGGCUUCUACAGAGGAAGGUGCUUCAAAAGUAUUUGAGCUCCUCCAGGGUAAAAUGUUCCGAUCAAUUGGGUGGAGUACCUUGUUUGAUUGCUUGUCCAUAUAUGACAAUACGUUCAAGCAAUCUCUCCAAACUUCUGGAAACCUGCUGCCUGAUUUUCAGGAGGGUGAUGCACAAGCUCUUGUUGCAUAUUUAAAUGUUUUAAAAAAGGUAGUUGAAAAUGGAAAUCCUUCUGAACGGAAGGGAUGGUUUCCAGACAUUGAGCCCUUAUUUAAACUCCUUGGUUAUGAAAACGUGCCACCUUAUUUAAAGGGGGCUCUGCGAAGUGCUAUUGCAGCUUUCAUCAAGGUGUCUCCAACCCUUAAGGAUACUAUCUGGAACUACCUUGAGCAAUAUGACCUGCCUGUUGUCGUUAGUCCUUCUGUUGGCUCUGGUGGGCAGCUUAUGUCAACACAGCAGGUUUAUGACAUGCGAUUUGAGCUAAAUGAGGUUGAGUCAAGGAGGGAAAGAUAUCCAUCAACAAUAUCUUUUCUUAACUUGUUAAAUGCUCUUAUUGCCGAAGAGAAGGAUGUAAGGGAUAGAGGCCGAAGGUUUGUUGGAAUCUUCAAGUUUGUUUGUGAUCAUGUUUUUGGGCCUUUUCCUCAGAGGGCAUAUAUUGAUCCUAAUGAGAAGUGGCAACUAGUUGUUGCUUGCCUGCAGCAUUUCCAAAUGGUUUUAAAAAUGUAUGAUAUAAGGGAUGAGGAUGUUGAAACGGCUGUUGACAUGUCUCAAUCUUCAGAUGUGAUGCAUACCUCCUCACUUGAGACUCAGCUUCCAGCGUUGGAACUCCUGAAAGAUUUCAUGAGUGGUAAAAUUGUUUUUCGUAAUAUUAUGAGCAUCAUUUUGUUGGGUGUGGACACGAUUAUCUGUGAGAGGACUAGUCAAACAUAUGGUCAACUGUUGGAGAAUGCUGUAAAACUUUCUCUGGAAAUCCUUAUUCUUGUUGUGGAAAAGGAUGUAUUUCUUGCUGAUUUCUGGCGCCCUCUGUACCAGCCCUUGGACAUUAUAUUGUCUCAAGAUCAAGACCAAAUUAUUGCGUUGCUGGAGUAUGUCCGAUAUGAUUUUCUACCUCAAAUUCAGCAGUGUUCAAUAAAAAUCAUGAGUAUUUUGAGUUCAAGAAUGGUUGGACUUGUUCAGUUGAUGUUAAAAUCAAAUGCUGCUAAACAUCUGAUUGAAGAUUAUGCAACCUGUCUGGAAUCACGUUUUGAUGAGUGCCAGAGUAUAGAGAACACGAAAGAUGAUCCUGGUGUCCUUAUUCUGCAGCUUCUUAUCGAUAACAUAAGUCGCUCUGCUCCAAAUAUUACACAUCUGCUUCUUAGGUUUGAUGUCGACAGUCCUGUGGAGAGGACUGUCUUGCAGCCAAAAGUCCAUUACAGUUGUUUGAAGGUUAUUCUUGAUAAUUUGGAAAACCUUUUGAAGCCAGAUAUAAAUGGCUUACUGCAUGAAUUUGGUUUUCAGCUUCUGUAUGAAUUGUGCCUGGAUCCACUAACAGGUGGUCCUACAAUGGAUCUUUUGAGUACAAAGAAGUAUCAAUUCUUCUCCAAGCACUUGGAAACAAUUUGUGUGUCUCCACUGCCCAAAAGAAGUCAUAAUCAGUCUCUUCGCACAAGCAUGCUCCAUGAGAGAGCAUGGCUGUUAAAGCUAUUAGCACUGGAGUUGCAUGCAGCUGAUAUGUCUGUAUCAACACACCGAGAGGCUUGCCUUUCAAUUCUCUCUCUCAGUUUUUCUCAGUUUGCUGGUGAUAACUACAAAGGUCCAGAUUUACCACAAACUUCUGACGUCGAUUCCAUUGAUAUGCAUAGAACCAUGAAGAAGAACAAGGUGCUAGAAUUGCUUGAUGUUGUGCAAUUUCGGUCUCCUGAUAUUGCUAUCCAAUGCCCUCAGCUCCUUCCCACCUUUAGCAUUGAUGUGCAGGUUAAUGAUAUAUUGAAGAAUUCUGCAACCUCCGAAAUGGGUGGUGUAUAUUAUUUUUCAGACAGAGGAGAUCGAUUAUUAGACUUGGAUGCACUGCAUGAAAAACUUUGGCAGAUAUGUACCCAGGUCGGCUCCCAUUUUAAUGAGGUUGAGAUGAGUGAGUUAAGAACAUCAAUUCAGCAGUUUCUAAGAUGGGCCUGGAGGUAUAACAAAAAUCUUGAAGAACAAGCAGCCCAACUCCAUAUGCUGACAGGCUGGUCUCAUAUUGUAGAGGUCUCUGUAUCUAAAAGAAUGCCUCUUCUUGAAUAUCGUUCCCAGAUAUUGUUUGAGUUGCUUGGUGCUUCACUGAGUGCUGCAGCAUCUCCUGAUUGUACUUUAAGAAUGGCAGUAAUAUUAAGCAAUGUUGCACUUACCUGUAUGGCUAAGUUAAGAGAUGAAAGAUUUUUGUGUCCUGGUGGUGUCGAUUCGGAUAGUGUCACUUGCCUAGACAUUAUCUCAGUAAAACAAUUGUCCAAUGGUGCUUGCCACUCUAUAUUGUAUAAGCUUAUGAUGGCUAUUCUGAAAAACGAAUCUUCUGAAACCUUGAGACGGCGGCAAUAUGCAUUACUACUCAGUUACUUUCAGUACUGUCGUAGUAUCCUUAACCCAGAUGUCCCUGCAUCAGUCUUGAGGUACCUGCUUCAUGAAGAACAUGAUGAAGAUGAUGAACUAAAUCUUCAGAAGAUCGGCAAGGAACAGGCUGAAUUGGAAAGGGCCAAUUUUUCCAUAAUGAAGAAAGAGGCUCAAGCAAUCAUUGAUCUGGUGACGAAGGAUGCCAUGCAAGGCAGUGAAGUUGGAAAGGCAUUGUCAUUUUAUGUCUUAGAUGCAUUUCUUAGUAUCGAUCAUGAAAUGUUUUUCUUAAACCAACUUCAAAGUAGAGGAAUCCUGAAGUCUUGCCUAAUGGACAUUAGUAAUUUCUCUUGUAAGGACACUUGGUGCUCAUUGGAGUCUAUGCAGCGGAUAAGCACCCUCGAGGCUCAAUUGUCUUUAUUGUUGAGAGUCAGCCACAAUUAUGGCAAGCAUGGUGCUCAGAUUCUGUUAUCUAUGUGUACCUUAGAGCAUCUUGGGUCUUCAGGGGCUGUGUUCUUGCAAAUAAAGGGAAGUUCAAGAUGGGUUGGCCCUGCUGCUGGAAAAGAUCUAGCUGGGGAGUCUGAUAAACAAAGAUUGCUUGUAACUCCAAUACUUAGAUUGGUUUCUAGCCUGACAUCACUUGUGGAAUCAUCAGAUUACCUCGAGGUUAAGAAUAAAAUUGUGCGUGAGGUUUUAGAUUUUGUCAAGGGAUACCAGUCAAUUUUUGAUCAAAUAUUGAGGGAAGAUGUAUUAGUAGCUGAGGAGUUGACUUUGGAGCGGAUCAACCUAGUUGUCUCUAUACUCAGCAAGGUAUGGCCAUAUGUAGAAAAUGAUGAGCAUGGUUUUGUUCAAGGACUUUUUGCCAUGAUGCGUGUUCUUUUUAGUUUUGAUUCUGUGUCUUCUAGUUUUGUCAAACCAUCGGAUCCUCUCGAGAGUCAAAGGAAGACAGAGUCUCUAAUUUUUCAGCUAUGCUUUAGCCUGAGCUCUUACCUGUAUUCUCUCAUGAAGAGAAAACUAAUGAGGUUUUCGGUUAUGGAUCGCCCCAGAGAAUUUGGUGAUCCUGGUACACAGCAGCAACCAACAUUAUAUUUACUAUUGGGUCUUCUCAAUUUAGUAACAACUUCUCUUGAGAGGGCUGGGGAAGAAAAGUUCUUGCUGCUUAAUAAGAUUCAAGAUAUUAAUGAAUUAUCAAGACAGGAGGUUGAUGAAAUUAUCAGUUUAUGCAUGAAACAGGAUUGCAUCUCUCCUUAUGAUAAUAUACGAAAAAGGCGAUACAUUGCGAUGAUAGAGAUGUGCCGCAUGGCAGGCAAUAGGGAUCAAUUGAUCACCCUUUUGCUACAACUUGCUGAGCUAGUCCUCAACAUCCUUCUUUUUCACCUUCAGGAUGACAAAAGUGAUUUGCAAGACUUGUCCUCUUUGAGUGGGAGUCUGCAUCCAGUUGUAGAAAGACUGGAGCAAUUAAAAAAGGAUAAAAUCGGACGUGAUUUGAAGUUCUUCCACAGAACUGUGCGUAUUCUCAAGGAGAUGUUCUCUUCUGCCUAAUGUUCUUUUCUCGUGUAAAGCAACCUUAUCAUCCCUACUUUCUGCUGCCUUUUUAUUGUGAAGGUGUCCGAAAUUAAUAGUGAUUCCAAAAAAAAGGGCGGAAUAAGAAGUUGUAAAUUUGCACUUUCUGCUGGUUUUAUUAUGAAAGUGACACUGAGCAACUUUUCUGAA